GAUGUGCAACAUGAAAGCUGGCAACACAGUUCUCGCGCAACCGCAACGUCAUAUUAUAGAGAAACGGAACAAAUUUCAGUAAACAAAUUUUGUCGUUUAAUGGAGUGAUUUCUUUUUCGGUUUAAAUUUUUCUCUUAAAAGGCGCUAACAAUGACAUCAUCGCAAGAUGCCUGUUACAUAUCUCUGCUUGGAUUAGCAGAAUACUUUCGAACCGCUACACCACCGAACAUCAAAAAGUGCAUCCAAUGUUUGCAGGCGUUGUUUACCUUCAAGCCACCGCUUAAAGUGGAAGCCCGAACGCAUUUGCAGCUGGGGCAGAUUCUUAUGGCAUACACGAAGAAUAUCGAAUUGGCUCGGAAUCAUCUGGAGCAGGCGUGGAUGCUCUCUGAAAAUAUCAAUAAUUUCGACGAUGUUAAAUUCGACACGGCGAGUCUGUUGGCUCAGCUUUAUCAGCAGCAGGAGCAGAGCGCUUUAGCAAAGCCGGUAUUGCGUAAAGCUAUCGAACUCUCGCAGCAUAACGUUUACUGGCACUGUAAAUUGCUGUUUCAAUUGGCGCAAACCCAUGCUACGGACAAGGAAUACGCUUUGGCUUCGGAGCUGCUCGCGGUUGGAGUGGAGUCUACCGAUGAAUCUAAUGCAACUUACUUGAAGUCAUUGUUUCUACUCAGUCGAGCGAUGAUAAUGAUGAUCGAACGCAAAAACAGCGAUGUUCUUGCUAUUUUGAACCAAGCCGGAACAAUUAUUGACAAUGCGAUUCAGAACAUACACCUAAAGGAAUAUUUGAAAGUGUUCUUCUUCGUGCUGCAGGUCUGCCACUACUUGCAGUUGGGACAGGUGAAAACAGUUAAGACCAGCUUGAAACAGCUGCAGCAGAGUAUUCAAACUAUAAUGGCUCCCAAUUGGCCAACCGAUGAACAAAUCUUCGGUCAGAACAGUACUGAAAUGUUCAUGUGGUUACCAAAAGAACAGCUGUAUGUCUUGGUAUACUUGGUUACCGUUUCUCACUCGAUGAUGGCCGGCUAUAUGGACAAAGCACAAAAAUACACUGAAAAAGCACUGACUCAGAUCGAAAAAUUAAAAUCUCAGGAAAACAAACCUAUACUUGCGGUGUUUCAAAUUAUUCUUCUUGAGCAUAUCAUCAUGUGUAGGCUGGUGAUGGGCAACAAGUCGUUGGCGAUUAAGGAGAUUGCUCUCGCUAAAGAUGUUUGUCUAUCGUCGCACAAUAAGUUCUUGCUCAAGAAACAUUCGGCCCAGUUGCAUUGCUUGCUCGGUUUGUACGCAAUGUCGGCCAGUUUGUUUGACCAUGCGGAGCGACAAUUUGUGAGCUGCAUUGCAGACUCCAAUGAGCGAGACUUGAAACUGUUUGCUAAUUUGAAUUUAGCAAUUGUCUAUCUGCGUAUGAAACGAGAGCAAGACUUACGGCAGAUACUAGAAACGGUACAGCAGGAGAAUUCACAAUGUUCAAACAGCCAAGCACUGAUGGGAAGUUUCUACUAUGUUCAGGGUUUAAAUGCAUUUCACAAGAGCAGCUUUCAUGAGGCAAAACGCUUCCUCCGAGAAACUUUAAAGAUGGCGAAUGCUGAAGAUCUGAAUCGCCUCACUUCUUGCUCACUAGUUCUUCUAAGUCAUGUUUUCCUCAGUAUCGGAAAUUCUAAGGAAAGUAUGAACAUGGUUACACCGGCCAUGCAGUUGGCAUCGAAAAUUCCUGACAUUCACGUGCAACUUUGGGGUAGUGCCAUACUGAAGGAUCUACACCGAAUGCUGAAGGAACAAGCACUCGAGAAUGAGGCGUAUAAUAAUCAUUUAAAUUUUUCACAAAAUUUGAUUGCCGAUCAGCUCAAGUGUACUAAGUUUCCGGAGCACACACUUAUUAACUGGUUACAGGGAGAUCCGCCGUUGCCAAUGUUAACUCAAGACAUACCGGAGAUGGCUCCAAUUCAAUCGACUGCUACGGUGGUUCGCGUCCCCGGACAACCAGGACAGCAGAUAGUUUAUCAAUGAAGUCAAAAUGUGCGCAUGAAAACUAAUUGCAACUUAACUACAUAGAUUUUGUCGUUCGAGCUCA